CAGUCAGUGUCGUGCCACCGCCCGGGAAACCCACUCGAUCGUCUACCAUUUUUCGCCACGCUCACGCGUAGUUCGACUUCACACCGGCGCGACCGGAAUCGUUUUUCGCGCGAUUUCCCCGCGACCGAUACACGUUGUAUUAUUUUUUUGUUACUAGGUGAAAUCGAUCAGGAUCCAACCUGCCGCCGCGUAAUAAUAUUAUUCCGUCGCAUGCGAAGAUAACUAAAUAGGUAUGAUAUCAUUUUAAAAAAUAUUGAAUAAAAACGAGACAGCUACAACGGUUUUGCGAACCGGUGUAAACAAUAAUUAUUGUAUCUGUUCGCGCGGCGAUGUCCGAAAAUUAGUGAUGACCGACGACAUUUAAAAGUAAUCAGUGGGCGCGUUUUGUAGACGUCACUCGACGCGUCCGUCGGCGAACACCUAGUGACUGUAGUAUCUUACAAAUACCGAUUUCCGAAUAGAAAACCUCAUCGCCUAAGGAAAAUUUCAUCGUGGCACGGAGUCGUAUUUGGUACAAUAAUAUUAUCGUCACGGCCGAGUCUCAUGACUUAGGAGAUUUUACCUAAAUCCAAAAUUUUACCCAUCAAGUGUUCAACAUAAAGCAGUUAUUAAAUCAUUUUUUGGUAGAAACUUCCGACGGAGCGCGGUCGAUGGUUCAGUCCAACAGCUACAUAAACAACAACAACAAUAAUAAUAAAAGUGUCGUCGUGUCGUCGCGGGCCGGACGAUGAUCGACGGCAGAGAAGAACAGCCGGACGGCGGCGUCGGCGGACGAGAUACGGCCGUUAAUUACAAGACGAGAAAGCGGCCGGCGGACGCGACGGCCACGGCGGUGUACACUAUAACCGGUGGUGACGCGAACCAGCUCCAAGACGUUCCGCCGUCGUGGUCAUCGCAGUGCGCGUGUUGCCCGCCGCCCGUUGGAUGCGCCGUCGCGCUGCAAGGAAACGGGCCGCAGAGGCGCAGACCACGGACGUGGACGUGUGGCGGUGCGGCCGGCGGCGGUGGCGCCGUGUCGAGUCUGACCAGGAGUAGGACGUUCACGAGCAACUAUGAACGGGCCAUAUCGUCGCUGUUGUGGCAGCCGUACGAGUGCAGGUCGUCCAGCAAUUCGCUAAAUGACGAUGGCGACGUGGCCGUCUGGCUCAGCGCCACCGGCCGGUAUGAACCGCUGUCCAGCCGGUCAUCGCUCAGUCUGUCCACCAUACCCAGGUCGGCCGGCUCGUGUUCAUCGUCGGUGUGCCGUCUGCUGGACGACGGCGGAGACAAAACGCCUCCACCACCGUGUUGGUGUAGCGCGGAAACCGCGGCCGUCCUCGAUGACCCACAUAACGACGAUAUUAUGGCCCGAACGACAACCGGUUACCGCUGUCCGCCGCAUGGAUCGCUGCUUCAGCGUCGAGGCACCGUCGCCGCCGCCACCGUCGAAGGGGGACGACCGCUACCGCGUUCGCGUCUCGCCGCAGACGUUCAGUCAAACGUACAGCGUCCGACCUCGCGUAUCGUGCCGCCUCGUUGUGUCAGUGCGGGUGAUUGGUGUUGUGAUACCGGAGACGUCGAUGUCGACGACGACGACGACGACGACGACGACGACGACGAGGAUUAUUAUUGCGUUUACGAGGACGAAAACCUUCGCCGAGUGGAUAACGACGUCGACGUUCGCGAUGAUAACCGAGUGCGCGCCGUAGUGCUGAUGGACAACGGGAGUGGUUUGAUAACCGGCGGCGCGGUCGUCGGUGGGACGGCGGACAGCGGUAAGCCUCAGGAGAGGACUUACGCGUCCACGGAAGCGCAGACGGACGAGACGGCGUGCUCGUCCGCGUACAGGGAACAGCGGCGGCGGGAACGACGGGAACGCCGGCUACAACAGCAACGACGCGUCCACCCGCCGCCGCCACCUCCACCCGCGCUUUCGUCGUCGUCACUGCUGCCGCCGCCACCACCGCCGCUUCUGUUGCAGCAGCAGCAACCCGCGAUCGCCGUGUCUGUCGACCCGGACAGGCUGCCCGACCUGUUGCUCAACUCGCACCUUCCACCGCCGCUGUACACCACUGUCGGCGGCGGCGUGUGCGACGUCGCCAUGGCCACUCGGGCGGCCAACUUGCAGGCUUCCCUGUUGCCCGCCCCGUUUCAACACCCCCAUCAGCCGCCCGGGGCGCCCGUCGGCUCAGCCGUCAACACGCCCGGUGGAUUCCGCCUGCCGUUUGGCAUCAUACCGGCCAGGAGACGAAGAUCGUUACACUAUUGCAGUGAAGAAGACACACCCAAAUCGUGCUGUGGUCUAUUGACAUUACCAGACGCUACCAGUACGGUAUCCAUCAGGUGGUUCAUUGGUAUCGUGUUCAUUGCUGGGAUUUGUUCGGCACUCGUGGGCACUGUCUUGGGUGCUACCAGGGCUUCCGGUAGAGAACACCUCACGGUUGCCUUACUUAUGAUAGGUGUUGGUGUCAUUCUAGUGGCCAUCAGUGGUAUAGCGUGGCGCUUGACGGCCGGCCAAGAAGCGUCGUCGUGUGGAGCGGUGUUCGGGCUGGGCCGAUCUUUGGACGACGCGGCUGAAGCCAACCGGCGGUUCGUACCCAGACUGCCGCCAUCAUAUGGACGACCGCAUCAUCCCUACGCGGCCAUGAUGUAUCCUGAGUUCGAGUACAGAGCUCCACCACCUUCCUACCAGGCGUCCAUGCAAGAGUACCGACUGAGGCUGUUGCUGUUGGACAGACAGACAAACAUGCCGCCCGUCACGGCAUCGCCGCCGCCGACGUACAGGUCGCAACCCGGCACGCUGAUAAGAGGGCAAAACGUCUGUUGUCGCGGUGACCCAGGUGAUCUGUACCUGUAUCAACCGUCGACUCUCCAGAUCAACCACCAGCAAACCGCCGACUACAGCGGCCCGCCCAGUUACCGGUCGCGGACCAGCACGAUUCGGCCGGGUUGCCACCUGAUGAUGGACCCGACGGCCGGGGCAGUGGUCAUCGGAUCGACGGCGGUCGGCGGCCACCACAGCCGCAACUCGUCGCAACUGAGCGCGGCCAUGUCCGAGGCAGUGGGCGGCGGCGGCGUGUUGACGGCCGCCGCGGUGGACAACAAGGUGCCACCACCGCCGAUCACCGACGACGACGACGGAAGCGGUGACCACGUCGGUAUCGUCGUCGACGACAACGUGCGCAACAUCGCGGUCGUCGUGGACGAAAAGACCCCGGACCGCCAUCACAUCGGUUGCGGUCCGGUCACCAUCGUGCAGACCACGCCGGCCGCCAACCCUCCGGGCACGGUCAUCGUGACCGUGUCCAGCGCCAACAACGACACCACCAACGUCCGGUGCCGGGACACCGAGAUGGAAAUCCUGGCGCAUCUGUGAAACGGACGUCCGGAUGGCGACCGGACGGAAACGAAGUAAUAUUCGUGGUUUUUCUUCUCAACACUGCUCACGGCUUUCGCUAUUAGUACAACACUAUAAUAAUAUUAUCGUUCAUAUAAUAAUAAUAUUAUUAUCACUACCUAUUAAUUUGAUGUGUAACCUACAUACUUAUUUUGUUUUUAUUAUUAUUGUAUUAUCGAAUUAUUAUGUAUUCGAACCAUUAUGUAUAUUAAAAUAUAAUGUUAUCGUGAUUCUUUUUCGCCGCUAUAUCCUCACAAAAUAACAAUAACAUUGGUAUUGGAAAAAAACGAUUCGCAACGAUUCUAGUAAUAGUUUAUUAUAUAUUCGAAUGCGCGAACUCGUUUAGUUUUGCACACAAUCGUUUUCGCAAAUAUAAUAUUACUGGUAAAACUCUGUGUUUACACAUAAAACAUACUAUACAUAAUGAUAUAUAUAUUAUGUAUUUAUAUAAAUAUUAUAUAUUUAUAUAUUUUUUUCGACUGCUUCAAAGUAAUGGACACAAGUCAGUGUAGACAAAUUGUACAAGAAAUGCACUAUUCCCUGCAACCCUUUUGCCGUCCCUCGUGAUAACGAUAAUAAAACACAUAUACCCUAACCCAUUCAUAACCAUCCACGACCACUGAUUUUUAUUUGUUUUUUAAUUGAUACCAUCUAUUUGCACGAUAAUGAUAUACCAGUUAAUUGUUGUGCGUUCAAUAUUUUAUAUUAUUAUCGACGAUGACUGCUAACUGAUAAGUUGUAUUGGACGUCUCUCCGUCGUGUAUAGGUAUAUUUAUUAUAAUAAAUAUUGUCUUAUCUCGUGAGUGUGUUCCGUAACAUUAUUAUAAUUCGUUUUAAGUGUUUUAUCAAAUAUCGAUACUGAAAUAAUAUAGUAGUCCCUAAAGGGUAUUUUGUAUUUACAACCGUGUAUAAUACCAUGAUUAGGUUCGAUUGUAAUAAUUGUUUGUGCUGCAGCUGCGCAGUAUCGUAAUACUCGCAACGUUAUAAAAUUUCAUGUUAUCAUAAAUAUUGAAAUCACGAUUCCCCGGCAUUAUCCACGUUAAUGACUCUUUACAAUGAUAUGGUAAAAAAGACUAACCAGUAUAUAUUUUUUUCUUUUAAUCGUUUUGGUCCGUUUUCAAUUUAAUAGUUAAUAGGAAUUUGUAUUACAACCUACAUGAUGUUUGUCUAUUUUUUUAUUUUUUUCGAGUCAUUACUCAAUAAGAAGUGUGACUAAAUUAUUUACAAAACCACAUUUUUGUCAAAAAUAAUUGUGUUAUAUUACUAUUAUUAUUAUUAUUUUUUUUUUUGUAUACAGUUACCUCAAAAAUAAUUAAAACUAUAUUUUAUAAGUACGAUUAUUGUUUUUAGUUGUAGUGUUGUACAUAGUUAUUAUUGAUUGGUGUUCAUAUAUCAAAAAACAAAUCAGCUGUGCUCCAAAGUAUAAUAAUAUGCAAAUCGUACAAGUGGGGUUAAGUUUAUA